AUGACAGAUCCUACACUAUACAGACAUCUUAUUGGUAAACUUAACUAUUUGACUCAUACACGCCCCGAUUUGUGUCAUUCUGUUUUGAUUCUUAGUCAAUUUAUGCAAAAGUCGUGUCUGUCCCAUUAUGCUGCUGCUUUGAGAGUGGUGAGUUACCUGCAGCAUUGCCCUAUUCAGGGUUUGUUCAUGUCUCAUUCUUCUUCAUUUUCCCUCAAGGCCUUUUGUGAUGCCGACUGGGCGUCAUGUCGAGAUACAAGAAGGUCAAUUAGUGGUUUUUUCAUAAGUUUGGGCAGUUCACCCAUUUCUUGGAAAUCUAAGAAACAGGCUUCUGUUUCUCUCUCUUCCACUGAGGCGGAGUAUCGAUCUAUGAGGCGCCUUGUUGCCGAGUUGACCUGGUUGGUGCGCUUACUCUCCGAUCUGUCAGUUCCUCCUGAUCUUCCAGUACCAGUUCACUCCGACAGUUAG